GCCAAUCGUAAUUUGCAAAAAUAUGGAAAAAUUCUCCUUAAUCACCUUCCACAUCCCACAACCCAACUCCUUAUCGAUCUUUGUACUGGUGACUUAUCUUUAGCCACCCAACGUCCUCGUUCUCCUGUUUCUCCUCUUUCUCCUCUUUCUCCUAUUUCUCCUAUUUCUUCGCCCAAGCCACCUCCUGUACGAAUUUUUAUGUCAUUAUUUGUGGACCAGCCAAAUUAUCUUAUUCAAUUCCUAGAGCAAGCUUCACAAAAACGUUGGGGAGGUUUCGGUAUUUCACGAAAACAUGAAAAGCUUACUGUUUCAAAGACUGGACCAAACAAGCUUGUUGUUGAUACGAAAGAAAAAAAAGCAGUUUGGAACACGCUUUUAGAACUUUAUUUGUCAGAGGCCUAUUUGCCACCAGUUAUUUCCGGCAAAGAUUCAAAAGGAAGAAAAUAUGGUGCUCCAGGAAAUUUUUCGGUUUCUACCGAGACUGAACGUGUUAAAGAGAAAUUGUUAAGGAAAGAUAAGGCGUUAAAAUUAUUGAAGAACCAGGAUAUCUCUUAUGAUUCAAAUCAAGCACUUGUUCUCUGUUAUUUAGCUCAGUUUGAUGAAGGAAUUAUUUAUCUUUAUGAAAAAAUGAAAAUGUAUGAAGAAAUUUUAAGAUUUUAUAUGGCUAAGGACGACACCGAUAGAAUAAUGCAAGCUCUAAAGACAUAUGGACCACAUGAUCAGUCUCUUUAUCUGUUAGCUCUAGCAUAUUUUUCCUCUUCUCCAACGACUUUGUCUACGUCUACUUCAGAACUUUUACAAAUCCUUGAUCACAUUGAUUCUCAUAACCUACUGCCACCAUUGCAAGUUAUUCAAGCUCUUAGUAGAAAUUCUAUAGCGACCUUGGCAAUGGUCAAAGGAUACAUGGGUAAAAGAAUUGAAAGCGAAAGAAAAGAGGCGAAAGCAAAUCGGAAAUUGAUACAAAAUUAUCUUACGAAAUGUACUGGUUGUCAUGGAACACUUGAUUUACCUGCUGUCCAUUUCUUAUGUCGACAUUCUUACCACCAACGAUGCCUACCAGAUUCAGAUCGUGAAUGCCCACAAUGUGCCCAUACGUAUCGAUUGAUUGCUGAUCAAAGAAGGGCACAAGAGAUUAAUGCUGAUAAACAUGACUUAUUCUUCGAAAAGUGA